UGGUUUCCCCGCAUGCCGAGGCUUACUUUCGCCCCACGCCCACCGAGAUGGACCAUUGUAACGAAGCGCCUACUAAGCGCCUUCUAAAGUGCCUUCGAAGGACCCAAGGCAUCCCCUUGAGACCAAUACGUAAUGGUUAAUCGCUGUCACAUUUCCAUGCUAUAACUCUAGCAAAUUCGCACCUAUCACCGACGAAUCCUUCUCUCUUCCGUCGACUGUUUCAAACCGAACAGCAUUUAAACUCGAGUGUUACCCCCCUCCUUUCAGUCAAUAUGGCCCUUCGUCAAGCAAGGUCAAACGUCCAAAAACCUGGGCGGCAGCCCUUGGCGACAAAAGACAACGGCAAGUCAUCAUUCGUCUUUACUACGUACUCUGACUGAUCAUUAAUAGGAAAGCGACCUCGAGGUAUCAAGAAAAAACGACCACAACUAUCUCUUCGUAAGAGUGCACGCUUAAAGCGAAAUAUAGAACACAGCCAGGAACGAACGCUAUCCAACGACACAGAUACCAAACUAAAACAUCAAUCUCUGCCUCCGAGGAGCAAAGAGAAUCCGUCGGCACCUGUAAAGGCUGAGAAUCAAAAACGAAGACGACCGCAAGUACCCGAAAGUCCACGAAGUGGUGCUCUAUCCAAACCCGUUCGAAAGCGACCGCGAACAUCUCUUACCAGGUCAAUUGCUGGGGAUACAUAUACGUCUGGCCAAGAGGUGGCGUACGACGUUACUGAGAAUAGCAAUCCAAUUGAUUAUUGGAGGAGAGAAGGAUGCUGGCCCAAGGAAUAUUUUAAACAAGACGAGAAAUAUUGGGUACCAGAUAUGAACAUGAAUCAUCUACUAGCAAAGAAGAAGUCGUCAUCUUCUCUUCGCGGUAAACAAUCGGAAGCCAGCUCUACACCUAGCGAUCAGAAACCGAGAGAAGCCAAAAGUACCCCUUAUACGCGUCCGAGCUAUGAGAGUGUACUUGCUACUAAGGGCAGCUUGAUGGAUGAAUUUGACGGGGACAUUACAGAAGGAAGCAAAGAUUUUUGUCAAAGCUUGCUUCAUUCAGAGCAAACAUAUCCUCAGAACUCGUUAUUUCGCGAUGACUUGUUUAACACAACUUGCCGAAAGAUCCGCAACAGAAACGAAGCUAUGAUCAUUCGAGAUAUCUCCCUGCUGAUUGUCCCUUCUCCGCAAACUCUGGCCACUUAUGGUGCGGCUCAUCUCGAUCCUUUAACUGAAAGUGUAAACGAAGGCUGGAAUAGUGCCAUACCUUUCUAUGGCCCUCGCCCACAGCCUGAUUACUCUGUCGGAUUCGGAAGAUCUGCGUUUACGAACGAUCAACUUAAAAGGCUUUUGCCUUUCGCUGGCGAGGUCACAGAUACUUUUACGUCCUACUUUAUGGCCACCUGGCAGAUGUACUUCCCAUUUCUAACAUGCGAGGUAAAAUGCGGUUCCGCGGCACUCGAUGUAGCUGAUCGGCAGAAUGCCCACAGCAUGACGAUUGCAGUGAGGGGUAUUGUGGAACUCUUUAGGCUAGUGAAGCGCGAAAAGGAGCUCCAUCAGGAAAUCCUUGCCUUCUCACUCUCCCAUGAUCAUCGGACAGUGAGAAUCUAUGGCCACUAUCCUACAAUAAACGGAAACAAGACAACCUUCUACCGCCACCCGAUUCAUACGUUCGACUUCACUGCACUAGAUGGUAAAGAGAAGUGGACGGCAUACAGGUUCGCCAAAAAUGUCUACGAUCUAUGGAUGCCGACUCAUUUUAAAAGAAUCUGUUCUGCUAUCGAUGAGUUGCCGCUAGAUUUAGAUUUUGAGGUUUCGGAGCAAUCCGAGCUGGGGGAAUCUGGACUCUUACAGGGGUUGGAAAGUCAUCAUCUCUCUCGCCAAUCGAGUCAUAAUGCUGCAUCUCUACAGGAGGAGGCUGAAAGCCAGUCAAGCCGCGCUCCGCCGCGAGAUAUAACUCCAGAUACUUCCCUAUCUCAAGGGAUUGAAAGAACCUUCAAAAAGCCUAAGAAAAGGGGUCGGGCAGUGGAGUUGCAUCAGUGAAUGCCGUUAUCCCAUUGAGGACAUGAAGAUGCAUUAUCGGCUAGUUUACAUGUGGGACAUAUUUAUCACAUGUGCCAAGGCGUUCAAGAACUUUCCUUACAAGAAGGAACAGGAUAUGAGAGAAAUUAUGCGACACAAUGAUACCAGGAUGACUUAAUGUAUAAUAGCAAUUGUUUCUGAAUGACGUCCAAUUUUUCAACUUGAAACCAAUUUAUACCCGAUGUGCUUCCAUACCUAUUACCCGGAGAAUUUCUCAAGAGCGUCGAUGGGGAUGUUACUGACUGGAGCAUUUUGAGUAGCACAAGGGAAUUCACGGAAGAUAAAACCCAU